GGGACCAGAAUACUCUGCUAGGCACAGGCGAGACAGAAAUCGGGGUUUCUGGGUGUCGGCUAUCUGGGAGUAGGUCGGAUUCUGAAGGCCUGUCUACCAAACCGCGGACUCUUCACCUCGGCAUUGGACAUCUGCAAGCGGGAGAUUUGGGUCCGGCGCUCAAAAUCGGAGGGGCGAGGGUGUACUUUUGUUUGGUCCCAAGGAGCCCACCAGCAGACCCCUGAUUCAGCGUGGGCUCUUUCGUGACAUGGCUGAAGCGCACCAGGCCGUGGGCUUCCGAUCCUCGCUGACCUCGGAUGGGGCAGAAGUGGAGCUCAGUGCCCCUGUGUUGCAGGAGAUCUACCUCUCUGGCCUGCGUUCAUGGAAAAGGCAUCUCUCACGUUUUGGGAAUGACUUUCUCACUGGUGUGUUUCCUGCCAGCCCCCUCAGCUGGCUCUUCCUCUUCAGUACGAUACAGCUCUCCUGGUUCCUCCAACUGGAUCCUUCUUUAGGACUGAUGGAGAAGAUCAAAGAGUUGCUGCCAGACUGGGGUAUACGGCACCAUGGGCUUCAAGGGGUCCUAGCAGCCGCGUUGUUUGCUUCGUGUUUGUGGGGAGCCCUGAUCUUCACACUUCAUGUGGCCCUGAGACUGCUUCUGUCCUACCAUGGUUGGCUUCUUGAACCACAGGGAGCCAUGUCCUCACCCACUAAGACCUGGAUGGCCCUGGUCCGCAUCUUCUCUGGCCGCCACCCCAUGCUCUUCAGUUACCAGCGCUCUUUGCCACGCCAGCCGGUGCCUUCGGUGCAGGACACCUUGCGCAAGUACCUGGAGUCAGUACAACCUGUCCUCUCAGACGAGGACUUCAACCGGACGAUGGUCUUGGCGCAGGAAUUCCUGAGGCUGCAGGCCUCGCUGCUCCAGUGGUACCUGUGGCUCAAGUCCUGGUGGGCGUCCAAUUAUGUCAGUGACUGGUGGGAGGAGUUUGUGUACCUGCGCUCCCGAAACCCGCUGAUGGUGAACAGCAACUAUUACAUGAUGGACUUCCUGUACGUCACACCUACGCCUCUCCAGGCUGCUAGAGCUGGAAAUGCAGUCCAUGCCCUCCUUCUGUACCGCCAUCGCCUGAACCGACAGGAGAUCCCCCCGACUUUGCUGAUGGGAAUGCGCCCUUUAUGCUCUGCCCAGUAUGAGAAGAUAUUCAACACCACACGGGUUCCAGGGGUCCAAAAAGAUUAUAUCCACCACCUCCAUGACAGCCAACACGUGGCUGUCUUCCACCGGGGCCGAUUCUUCCUUGUGGGGACCCAUUCCCCAAAUGGCCUGCUUUCCCCAAGGGCACUGGAGCAGCAGUUUCAGCGAAUCCUGGAGGAUUCUUCACCUGCCUGUCCCCAUGAGGAACAUCUGGCUGCCCUGACUGCUGCUCCCAGGGGCAUGUGGGCCGAGGUGCGGAGAUCCCUGAAGACACAGGCAGCAGAGGCUCUGGAGGCAGUGGAAGGAGCUGCUUUCUUUGUGUCACUGGACUCUGAGCCUGCAGGGCUCACCAAGGAGGACCCAGCAGCUUCAUUGGAUGCCUAUGCCCACCUCCUGCUGGCUGGCCGGGGUCAUGACCGCUGGUUUGACAAAUCCUUCACCCUAAUCGUCUUCUCCAACGGGAAGCUGGGCCUCAGCGUGGAGCACUCGUGGGCCGACUGCCCCAUUUCAGGACACAUGUGGGAGUUCACCCUGGCCACAGAAUGCUUCCAGCUGGGCUACUCAGCAGAUGGUCACUGCAAGGGACAUCCUGACCCCAUGCUCCCCUGGCCCCGGCGGCUCCAGUGGGACCUUCCAGACCAGAUCCACCCAUCUAUCUCUCUAGCCCUGAGGGGAGCCAAGGCCUUGUCAGAAAACAUCGACUGCCAUGUCCUCCCCUUCUCCCACUUCGGCAAGAGCUUCAUCAGACGCUGCCACCUCUCUUCAGACAGCUUCAUCCAGAUAACCCUACAGCUGGCCCAUUUCCGGGACAGGGGUCAAUUCUGCUUGACUUACGAGUCGGCCAUGACUCGCCUGUUCCUGGAAGGCCGGACAGAGACAGUGAGGUCUUGCACAAGGGAAGCCUGCAGCUUCGUGAGAGCCAUGGAGGACAAAGAGAAGACGGACCCGCAGUGCCUCACCCUGUUCCGCGAGGCGGUGGACAAGCAUCAGGCCCUGCUAAAGGCAGCGAUGAGCGGUCAGGGAGCCGACCGCCACCUCUUCGCUCUCUACAUAGUGUCCAGAUUCCUUCACCUGCAGUCGCCCUUCCUGGCCCAGGUUUACUCAGAGCAGUGGCAGCUGUCCACCAGCCAAAUCCCUGUUCAGCAAAUGCACCUGUUUGACGUCCACAAUUACCCGGAUUAUGUUUCUUCGGGUGGUGGAUUUGGGCCUGCUGAUGACCAUGGUUAUGGUGUUUCUUAUAUCUUCAUGGGGAAUGAUAUGAUCACUUUCCACAUCUCCAGCAAAAAAUCAAGCACAAAAACGGACUCCCACAGGCUGGGGCAGCACAUCGAGGACGCACUGUUGGAUGUGGCCUCUCUGUUCCAGACGGGACAACAUCUCAAGCGCAGGUUCAGAAGGACAGGGGAGAAGGACUUGAGGCACAAGUAUGGAUCUCUCUCCAGUCAGACUUGGGGAUCCAAGGCAACCAUGACAUCCUCUGACUUCUGACCCCUUCCAGCAGGGAGCUGGUCUCCCUCAGGAACGAGAGUGAAGAUCUCCACAGCUGUGCUAGUGCAGGACAGGGGCAGCCUGUUUGGUGACCCCACAUCCAGGCCAAUAAAGAUGUGUGAACUGGG